AUGGCUCACGAGAAAGCACCACAUUUCGAAGUCAUGUCGGACGGGCAGGAGCAUCGACAUCCAACCACGAUCGAGCUUCACCACGACCAUGUCGCUGCCGAGGCUAUCGGAGGUCGAGCUCAUCAGAUCAGCUACACAAGUCCCAGCUUCGUUGGAACCAUGACUGCUACGUGCAUGGCCGGCAUCUCGGGUUAUCUUGGAUGGGUCUUACCUGCCAAUACAUUGGUGCUCAUCAAUCAGGCCAUCGGACCCAGCCCCAAUAUCAUCUGGGUCGCGGUUAGUUGGACCACAGGUUUCGCUGUCGGAUUUCUGCUCGUAGGACGUCUCUCGGAUAUAUUCGGCCGGAGAUGGUUCUUCAUCUGCUCCUCGAUUCUCGCUCUCAUUGGCAACAUCAUCGGAGCCUCUGCACAGAGUAUUGACAUGCUGAUUGCAACCAACACAAUUAAUGGUCUUGCGGCCGCAGGUCAGCUUUCAUUCUCCGUAGUCAUGGGCGAGCUGGUCUCCAACAAAGCCCGUGGUCCUGUAAACGCCAUCGUCCUGUCCACUUCGCUUCCUUUCGCGGUGUUUGGUCCACCGAUAGCUCGAGCGUUCUACGAGAACUUGGCCCUUCAGUGGAGAUGGAGUUAUAUUCUUGGCGUGAUCGUCAAUGUCGUAGCGAUAGUGCUAUACUUCUUUUUCUACCAUCCACCCACCUAUGAAAUGCUGCACGUAGGUGGAAAAUCCAAGAUGCGCCAACUCAGAUCCCUUGACUGGCUCGGAAUCUUCCUCUUUACCAUGGGCCUUACGGUGUUCCUUAUCGGUCUCAACUGGGGCGGCUCUGUAUAUCCGUGGAGGUCGGGGCAGGUUCUCGGAGCUCUUCUCGCCGGGAUCGCCACUCUAGCGAUUUUCUGCGUCUGGGAAGCUUUUUGCAAGCUCGACUAUCCGCUUAUGCCAAUGAGACUGUUCCGCAACAUCAAAUACGACGCUAUCGUCGCUUGUGCCUCGAUUGGUGCCAUGGUAUACUACAGUCAAACUGUAGCAUGGCCUAGUAUGGUUGGAGCGCUAUACACGACAGACGUCGGGGAGAUUGGCUGGUUAUCGUGUGCUGUGGGAGGUGGCUUGCUCCUAGGCCAGAUCAUGGCAGGUAUUGGUGUCCGUUAUCUCCCGCGGAUGAAGAUCCAGAUGACUGUUGCGUCCGUUAUUCUGGUUGCCUUCGUUGCUGCUCUCGCCUCUAGCACCGAAAACACCCGUAGCAGAGCGGUCGCUUUCCUCGUUAUUGGCACCGCGGCUGCCGGCUAUGUCGAGAAUCUUACGCUCUCAACUAUGGCUCUUGUGUGGGAGCCGGAUGACAUUGGUCUGGUGGCUGGAACAUUAGGAGCCAUUCGUACAGCAGCAGGUGCUAUCGCUGUGAGCAUGUACUCUAGUAUCCUCACAACGGAGCUGUCGAGGUUCCUACCGCAAUACGUACCGCCAGCAGCAGCCGCGGCUGGUCUUCCCCAAGCGAGCAUACCAGCCCUGUUCGCGGCCAUCACGGCAGGCGACUUUACGACUGUACCGGGCAUCACCCCAGAUAUAAUCAGUACCGUCAGACAGGCCGUUAAGCACGCUUACUCCAUGUCCUUCCGGACGGUGUUCCUAUGCACUCUGCCUUUUGGGGCCAUCCUCUUAGUGUCAGCAGUAAUAUGCCCAAAUGUGGAGGACUACUUGACAGAUGAGGUGGCUCGCAGGCUACAGGGUACUGGCCUGAAGGAGCACAUAGUCAAAGUGGAGCAUACCGAGGCGGUUUGA